AUGGCAGAUAACCAGGCAGAUCAGGAAAGCUUCGGGGCAGGUCCCAUAAAUCCAACUAACGCGAUUGAUCCCCGUAUGAAGAAGGACAAACAUAAAUUUCUAUGGUCUCGAGUACACCUUUCGCAUGAUUCCAUCGUUCCGCCACCGAGAUCGGGUGCUGCAAGUGUGGUAGUCCAAGGGAAGCUAUAUGUUUUUGGUGGAUACGGGGGAGGAACGGGGCGAUUGAACGAUUUCUAUGCAUAUGACUUUCGAAAGAAUGGUUGGGAAGAGGUCAAAGUAGAGGGGGAAACUAGACCAGGGCGCCGAGAAAACAACGGAGUUGUCAUUUCGGAUUCUAGUAAAUCAAUUUAUUUGUUCGGCGGAUAUGAUGGCACGGCGUGGCUGAAUGACUUGUGGAAAUAUAACAUUAAAAGUCGUCGAUGGACUUGUAUUCAGGAAUCCUCAGAUCAAACUUCGGACCACGGAGAAGAUGCUGGUGCAGGACAGGUGGCAGAGAGCAACAUAAUUCCUUCGAGGAGGUUUGGAUACGUGAGCGUUGUGCACAAUGGCAAGCUUCUCGUGUUUGGAGGAUUCGAUGGGAGUAGAUGGAUGGCAGAUAUGUAUGUUUUUGAUUUCAGGACGAGAAAAUGGAGCGAGAUUGCGGCAAAAGGCAAUAUGCCGUCACCGAGGUCUUGUCCUGCAUGGGCCAAAGAUGACACUCAUGUCUACAUUCAAGGAGGAUAUGAUGGAGUCGAAAGGAAGGACGAUUUUUUUGCUUGUGACUUAUCAACCUACACUUGGACGCAGAUGCCGUCCCUUGGUGUUACUCCAAGUCCUAGAUACUUUCACUCUUGUUGUCUGUAUGGUCACAAGAUGUAUUUGUACGGAGGAUAUUCUGGACAAACGCGUCUAGCUGACAUGUUCGUGUACGAUUUUGAAACGAACCACUGGUCCGAGGUUGAUUGUUCCAACGGACAACCGCCAACUGGUCGGUCAUCGCUUGUCACUCAAGUCUAUGAAAACAAUUUGUACGUAUUUGGUGGAUAUGAUGGCAAAAAGGUUUUGAGCGACUUUUAUAAGUUCAAACUGAAACCCAUUGGGGUACCUCCAAUGUCGUUGGUGAAUGAUUUCCUAAAGCUGGUCAACCAACCAGAUACAUCCGAUGUCACCUUUAUUGUCGAAGGAGAGGAAGUGUAUGCACACCGUGCCAUUCUAGCAGUUCGAUCGGAGUACUUUCGUGCUCUACUAUUCAACGGCCUCUUGCGAGAAUCAGUAACUACAGAUUCAGCGACCAAACCAAUAAGUAUCCAAGAUGUAUCCCAUUCUGUUUUCCUGAAAGUUUUGGAAUAUCUUUACACCGAUACAAUACAGGAGAUCACCUUGGAACUUGGUAUGCAUCUGCUGAUUGCUAGUGAACAGUUCAUGCUUGAUCGAUUGAAAGCUCUCUGCGAAGACCUUAUCCGAAGAGAAAUCAAUGUUCACAAUGCAAUCAACAUUCUUGUUGUGAGCCAUCAGCACAAUGCUCUUGGACUGAAGGAAAUCGCUCUCAGCUUCAUUCUUGAGCAUCUACAGGAGAGAAACAUUCAAAUAGGACUCAACGACUUGAAGACUGAGCCAGAUUUAUUGGUUGAGAUUAUCCAAUUGAGUUCCCAGCGAGUACUUCCACCAGCUCGCCCACCUCCUCCAAACCCUCAGCGACAGCAGCAUGUUGAUAUGCUCAUGAAUGGUGGCCCUCAAUUUGGUGGAGGCGAUGAAUGGAAUGCACCCAGAUAA